AUGGCGGCCGUCCCCGCCAGGCAGCGCUGCGGCUCGGUGAGCCCGCGGGCGAAGCUCCCGCCCUGCUACUACGAAGGCUACCUGGAGAAGCGAGGACCGAAAGAAAAGGUUUCCAGGCGGCUGUGGACCUGUCUGUGUGGCAACUCCUUAUAUUUCUUCAACAACGCCAAGGACGUUCAUUAUGUGGAGAAGCUGGACCUCGGUGGGUUUGUGUCCCUUAAGGACGACAGCAGCCGCGACAAGAACCUGGAGGCUGCGCGGCUCAUCCUCCGCAUGAAGGACGGAGAAACCAAACUCACGGCGCCCAACUUGGAGUCCAGAGAGCUCUGGAAAGGUUUCCUCUACUCCGUUAUAGACCUGAACGUGCCGUCCUGUCUCACCCUGCUGCCCGGACAGCUGCAGAUGUUGAAGGAGGUGGUGGACAAAGAGAGGUCCAGACGGAGAGCUCGCAAUCCGGGCCGAGCUCCUCCGUCGCCCCUCUCUGUUCCUUUAGUGGGAGAGAUCCCAGCGUGUUUUCGUCCGGUGUCCCGCACCGAGGCUGAAGUCCUCCUGGAGAGACACCCAGACUGUGGUAACAUGCUCCUGCGUCCAGGCAGAGACGGAUGCUCGCUGGCCGUCACAACGCGACAGGACCUCAACGGGUCCGUGUUCAGACAUUACCGAGUCACUCAGAGGGACCAGGGUGGUUAUGUCAUUGAUGUGGAAAAUCCUAUUCCCUGUGCCACGCUACAUGAGGUCAUCGAUGCCUUGGUAGAGAGGACAGCAGGGACUCUGCAGCCUUUCCUGCUGGAGGAGCCGUACGAGGAAAAUAUCACGUAUGUUUCUGCUAAUGAUGAAAAUGGAGAGAGGAUUCUUCACACUGCGCCCACCAGCCCCCUCCCUAAGGCUCCUGCUCUGCCUCCAAAACAAGAUCGUUGGUGCAGUAGCCCCCUGUCCAGGUCCCCAGUCUCGGACCGUCGCAGCCGGACCUCCUCGCCUGUGCCGGCGUCGCCCACCAACCCCAUGAAACGUCUCGUCCUGUCUCCUUCACCUCUCUCGCAAACGCUCAACGAGGAGCUCAAAAUGACGCUGGAGAAAAGGCGAGUCAGCCAGGAGUGA